UCAAAUGAAUAGAUUCUGGGCAAGGCUGCAGUUUUGAUUCUUUCUGAAUCUCUACAGUUGCCUCCUAACAACGAAUUUGUCACGGAGGAAUAGCAGGAGUCGUGCAGGCCUGCCAACACUUUUUAACUUUCGAAGGAAUGGCAACAGGCAGUGAAUCUCCAUUACAUUCCACUACAUUCUCGUAUUUCGUGUACGUGACAUGUUGUCGUUUCGCCUUAUUUUAGCGCGCGCGGUUGGUGAACAAACAAUUCUUUCCGAGAAUCUUCGCAAAAGUGUUUGGUUUGGUUUUUUUAUAUUAUCUUGAGAAACACAAAGCAAAAAGAGUUUCACAAGCUGAAUUCGGGUUGCGAAUCAAUUUUCUGUGAUCGAGAAAUGGAAAGCGAAAACCGAGCAGAUGAUGGACUUAGAGGGAAGUCAACAAGUCGAGACGGCGGCUAUGGCUGGAUAGUCUGCUGUGGGACUUUCAUCGUAAAUUUUGUGGUAUUUGGAAUUCACAACUCAUUUGGUGUUGUGUAUGUUAACCUGCUCGAUGAGUUAAAACUUGGUGCGAUGCAAACAGCUUGGAUUGGCGCCAUGGCCAUGGGUUUAAACUUCUUUUUUGGUCCUAUAUCAAGUGCGUUGUGUGAUCGUUUUGGAUGCCUCGUUGUGUCCUUCGCUGGCGCGUUACUAUCGAUCUCAGGGUUGUUCCUAACUUCCUUCAUACAGAAAGUUCAUAUAAUGUAUGUUACCUACGGGCUUGUAUGGGGAGUAGGUUCUAGUUUCUCCUUUGUGUCGUCUAUCGUUGUCCUGGGUCAAUACUUUGAUAGAAGAUUGGCGCUUGCCAAUGGGAUUGCAACAUCCGGAAGUGGGGUAGGCUCUCUUGUUGCCGGGCCGGUCAUAAAUUACCUAUUGGCAUCAGUCGGAUGGAAACGCUCCAUGCGCAUUUUGAGCGCGUUUGCUGGACUGUUAUGUAUUGCAGCUAUGAUCUUUAUACCAAGGAAAAAUCUUCAAUCUACCAGGGAAAGAAGAGAAUGUACCAAGUUAUUUGAUACUUCAAUAUGGAAGAGUAAAGCGUAUGUUUUGUGGGUCACUACUGUAGCUGUGUUUCAAUUUAGUUAUCUCAUUCCAUUUAUUCACCUGGUGAAGUAUGCCGAAGAUUUAGGAGUACCAAAAUCUAAAGGCGCUUGGCUGAUUGGUUUUCUAUCCAUCACCUCAACGCUUGGUCGAGUGGUAUUUGGCAAGAUUUCCGACCUUAAAUUCGUCAACAGACUCUACCUGUACCAAUUUUCGAUAUUUUCCAUUGGAUUGAGCACUCUCCUGUGUCCUCUGGUCAAAAACUAUGCAGGACUUGUGGGUUAUGCUCUGACAUUUGGAUUUUUUGAUGGCUGUUAUGUGGGCCAAGUGGCGGUGAUUACGGCUGAUGUGGUCGGACACGAUAAGCUUUCUCAAGCAGUGGGAAACAUGUUUGGAACUCUGGCGAUACCACUGAGUCUUGGACCUCUGCUUGCAGGUUGGCUGCAUGAAGCAUUCGGUUCCUAUGAUGAAGCAUUUUACAUUGCCGGUUCUGUGGCAUUAUUUUCUUCUCUCUUAAUUUUUGGGGUGAACUACAUGAUUCGAAAGCAGUCUAUAGCAGGAAGGCAAUUGGGAUUUAAAAACGACUAUUCGUUGGGUGUCUCUGAAGCCGAAACGGCACCUGACUCCGUCCGUUUAGAAAGAUACAGAAUCACAGCCAAUGCUGGAAGAGAAGCACAUUGUCACCAAUAAACUUUGCAAGCUUCUCUGCGCUUUAAGAACAAGCAAGGAACUUCUUGUGGUUGAGAGAGAAACUGUUUUAUAAUAUUUUUAAUGAUUCUUAGAUUACUGAUAGGGUAAUUUUCAACUAAGUGUAGAAACUUUUUUAGGAUUGCUUUGGUUUCGCUUUACUCCGCCGUAUCCUUGGUCUAUAGAACUCGGCCUCUUUUCCAAUCAAUCAGAUGCAGAACCUAAACCAGCAGCACUUUUGUCACUUGCGUUUUCCCCCUGCUUCAAUUGCUCUUUUUUUUCGUCUGUUUGCUGGUUUUUAUUUUGAGUUUGCAUUUGCUCUUUGUGAUAUUUUACCUGGCUCUAAUUGGUUGUUGUAAUUAGUUUGAAUUGGCUUAUGACACUCUUUAAAUGCUCUUUACAACAAACGGCGUUCAUGACUGAAGAAAUGCGACUGAUUGUCAUGCUAAGAGACUGCAUUCAUCGAACAAAGGCUCCAAUCCCUGCAGAUACAAAAACGGCGGGUCUGUAAAAUGCCAUUAUUAUUACUGCUACCAUCAUCAUCGUCAUUACUAUUAUCAUUAUCUUUAUCUUUAUCUUUAUCAUUAUCUUCAUCGUUAUCAUUAUCUUUAUCAUCAU